CUUCUUCCCCACGCCGUUACCUCCUCCGUUUCAGCAGCUCAGCGGCGCCAUCGCCGUCGGCAAUUCUCUUAUAUAUAACGGAUAUAUUCGAGUCGCUGAGGCUGCGCGGGAGAGAAAGAAGGUUUACUGCGGGUGCCAUGGCGGCCGAGGAUAUGGAGAAUGGUGAGUUUUACUUGAGAUAUUAUGUAGGGCACAAAGGAAAAUUUGGGCACGAGUUCUUGGAGUUCGAAUUCCGACCUGAUGGCAAGCUUCGCUACGCUAACAACUCCAAUUACAAGAACGAUACGAUGAUUCGCAAGGAAGUCUACCUCACUCCUGCUGUUCUCCGGGAAUGCCGUCGAAUAAUCUCCGAUAGCGAGAUUAUGAAGGAAGAUGACAAUAAUUGGCCAGAACCCGAUCGGGUUGGACGACAGGAGCUGGAGAUUGUGAUGGGAAACGAGCAUAUCUCCUUUACUACAUCUAAGAUUGGAUCUCUUGUUGAUGUGCAAAGCAGCAAGGAUCCUGAAGGAUUGCGGAUAUUCUAUUAUCUUGUUCAGGAUCUGAAAUGCUUUGUAUUUUCUCUCAUUUCACUCCACUACAAGAUCAAGCCAAUUUAAAGACGGCCCAAAAUUCCUAGUGUGCAAUCUGAGGAACAUGUACUUCUCCUAACUGUGAAAUCUUUUUUUGGGCAUUUUUUGAACUGCAAAAUUCGGGAUUCAGAAUCGUUAUUGUUUUUAGAGUUCUCUCUUCUGGAUUUCAUGUACAUGCAGACGAUGGGCGUUGUAUGACCUUUAUUUUAAUUAGAAUAUCUCCUGGAUAGAUAGAAUGCCGGCUGAUGGCAUGUGCAUGCUUUCUUUUUUCAGC